GAUUUUUUUUUUUUUUAAAUCAUUUAAUCAACAGUGCCUAGUUUCCACAUCAAUUCUUUUGCCUUGCUGACUGGGGCGUUCCAUGCCCGGAGGAAGACCGACCGCCCCCGUUGAGCGUCCCCGGACACCUGUGCUCCUCUGGCGGACUCAGUAGCAGCAGUUCCCGGCGUGAGCUGGGAUGUUUGAGUCGCGAUCUUUGGUGGGCUGAAGGCACCGAAAGAAAGACAGAAACAAGGAGAAAGAGUGUUCCGACACACCGAGAGGAGGAGGGAACCGAGAGCAUGGCCCUGGUACCGCUGUCUCUCUGGGUGCUAACGACUCUCACCUGGGCCAGCCCGCUCCAGGGGUCCAUCAGCAGACAUUCGGUAUACUGGAACAGCUCCAAUAUUCACCUGCGUCGUGAGGGGUACACGAUGCAGGUGAACGUCAACGACUACCUGGACAUCUACUGCCCUCACUACAAUGACAGCCAGCACACGGUGGGCACCAGCGAGCAGUACGUCCUCUACAUGGUCAGCUACCGCGGCUACAGGAGCUGCGACCCCAAGUUUGGCUUCAAGAGGUGGGAGUGCAACCAGCCGCACGCUGCCCAUGGCCCCAUCAAGUUCUCCGAGAAGUUCCAGCGCUACAGCGCCUUCUCGCUGGGCUACGAGUUCCACGUCGGACAGGAGUACUACUACAUCUCCACGCCGACUCAUCACCACGGCCGCAGCUGCCUGAGACUACGUGUGUACGUUUGUUGCUCUACAGCCUCUGAUGUAGAUGAUGAGCCAGAAACAACAGAGGCCGACUACACACUUCGACCGGGCCUAAAAAUGGACGACAUUGAUGAAUUUAACCCUUCUGUCCCCAAGCUGGAGAAGAGCGUGAGCGGAAGCAGCCCAUCGUGCGACCGCCUCCUGCUCACCGUCACCAUGCUGCUGCUGGCCACGCUCUUGGUCUCCUAGCAACGGCUGUCACAUCAGUGUCACCAUGCCAACGGGCCUUCAUAGCGUCGAUAGUACAGCGGCGGGUGGGACAGUGAAGAUGCAGUCUGUCUAUGUGUGUCGUCUGUGCGUGCGUGUUGAUUCAUGCGCGCCAUACAAAGCAUUUAUAAAAGUGGCAAUGUCAGAUUGAAAUUAUUAAAUAAUUGUAAAAAAAAAAGAAAAAAUGAAAAAUACAUCAUUAAUACCACCCGCGCAUUUGAUUGAUUAGUUCACAUCCUCUGGAUUGGUUGCCAUAGUUUCUUCUUCUGACAAAUUGAACUCAAGUGAACUGCAUUGAUUGCAUAUUUCCUGGAUCUCGAUGGGAACAUUAUACCUACGGUGACGGUACUGUUUUGGGGUUUGGGUUUUUUUUUUGCAUCCCCCAAGCAGAAGAUAGUUCAUGAACACAAAAUGGGACUCGUGUUUUUUGUCAUCUUCACUCGCAGUAAAGCAAGGGAGAAACAUUCGUAAAAGCAUUUAAAUGUCUGAGGUUAACAAAGCACACACGUGCACAGUCGUGACCGAGCAUCCCUGCAUGCCAACACUCAGCAACUCCGAGUGUGUGGCGGCUGCUUUGCUCUGCCACAAUCUUAUUGUCCAUUUCUCUUUGUUUUUGUGUGUAUUGUUUGGGUGUUUGGGCGCAUUUCUAACAUCCAAGCAUUACAUCCACACACUUGCCAUUAUUUAAAUUCAAAGAAAAAAUCAAACAUAAAGGAAAAAAAAUGUAAAACGACAGUGGUGAGUAGUGUGCAGCCAAAAGCCAACCACAACCAUAACAACUGCUUACCGAGGAGAGUGUUACCAUGGCAACUAGCACCUUAUUUCACCAUGGUGACCAAAACACACCCAGCAACCCAAUAUGGACUCGAGCUGUGACGCCCUGACAAACACACUCUCUCUCUCUCUCUCUCAUCAAAAACAAGACGCAUGUGAGGCUUUCAUGCGUGCGUGUAAAUGUUAAAACUGGACUGCAAAUGAACUGAAAUGUUUUUAAAUGUAAUGAGAGUUUUUUCUUAUAAACAGGAAGCUCAGUGUCUUUCAGUGUAGCUUUGUUUUAUUUUUUAUUUUUGGGUUGU